CGGGCGGGCCCGGCGCGGCGGGCCCGGCGCGGCCGCUGGCGGAGCAUGAGGGAGCCAUGAGCCCGCUGCGGGGGUGGCUGCUGGCCGCGCUGCUCUCGCUCGCCCCGCGGGCAGGUCCUGCCACGCAGGCCGGAGCGCUGCCGCGGAGGCUCCCACGGGCCGCAUGGCAGGAAGGGCGGGUGCUCUCCCAAAUCACCCACCCCAGCAGGCUGGUGGGGCAGAGCUCGGGCGGAGAAGUCCUAAAGCAUCAGCUGGAUACCAGGGUCAGGCAUGAGCCCGGAGGAGGAGGAGGAGGAGGACCCGGGCUGCACCUGGCACAGGUGAGCUUCAUGGUGCGUGCCUUCGGCUCAGCCUUCACCCUCGAUCUCCGGCUGAACCACCACCUCCUCGCCUCCCACUACGUGGAGCGGCACGUCGGCGCGGGCAGCAACGGCAGCCACAGCACGGGCGCGGGGGAGCACUGCUACUACCAGGGCCGGGUCCGGGGGCAGCCCCGCUCCUUCGCCGCUCUCUCCAGCUGCCAGGGCCUGCGCGGGGUCUUCUCGGACGGCCGAGCCACGUACCUGAUCGAGCCCCAGGCGGGCGCCGAGCGCGGGCAGGGUCUUCGACCACACAUCGUGCAGCGCAUCCCCAGCUGCCCCCGACUGGGCUGCCUCUUCCCUGCGCUGAGCCAGCGUGUCCCGGGUGGGAUUCCAAAGCUGCGGCGGCGGCGGCAGGUCCGCCGAGCCCAGCACACGGUGCACAGCGAGACCAAGUACAUCGAGCUGGCCGUGGUGAACGACCAUCAGCUGUUCCUGCAGCUCCGCAAGUCCGUAGUUCUCACCAGCAACUUCGCCAAGUCCGUGGUCAACCUGGCUGACAUGAUCUACAAGGAGCAGCUGAACACCCGCAUCGUGCUGGUGGCCAUGGAGACGUGGGCGGCCGAGGACCGGAUCCGGAUGGGGCAAGACUCCCUGGAGACCCUGAACGAGUUUGUGAAGUACCGGCGCGAGGGGCUGGCAGAGCACAGUGACACCGUCCACCUCUUCUCGGGUCGGACGUUUCAGAGCAGCCGCAGCGGCACCGCCUUUGUCGGGGGCAUCUGCUCCCCUGCCCGCGCCGGCGGCGUCAACGAGUACGGCAACGUGGCGGCCAUGGCGGUGACACUGGCACAGACACUGGGGCAGAACGUGGGCAUGAUGUGGAACAAGCACCGCACGGCCGCAGGGGACUGCCGCUGCCCGGACUCGUGGCUGGGCUGUAUCAUGGAGGACACAGGGUACUACCUGCCACGGAAGUUCUCCCGCUGCAGCAUCGAUGAGUACAACCAGUUCCUGCAGGACGGCGGCGGCAGCUGCCUCUUCAACAAACCCCUGAAGCUCCUGGACCCCCCGGAGUGCGGCAAUGGCUUUGUGGAGGCGGGCGAGGAGUGCGACUGCGGCUCGCUGGCGGAGUGUGCGAGGAGCGGCGGAAACUGCUGCAAGAAAUGCACCCUGACCCACGAUGCCAUGUGCAGCGAUGGGCUCUGCUGCAAGGGCUGCAAGUACGAGCCACGUGGAGUGUCCUGCCGGGAGGCUGUGAACGAGUGUGACAUCCCCGAGACCUGCACCGGGGACUCCAGCCAGUGUCCCCCCAACCUUCACAAGCUGGAUGGAUACUUCUGUGAGAACGAGCAGGGACGAUGCUACGGCGGGCGCUGCAAAACUCGGGACCGUCAGUGCAACGCGCUGUGGGGCCGCAGCUCGGCCGAGCGCUUCUGCUACGAGAAGCUGAACGUGGAGGGGACGGAGCGGGGGAACUGCGGGCGCGAGGGCCUGGGCUGGCUGCAGUGCAACAAGCAGGACGUCCUCUGCGGCUUCCUCCUCUGCGCCAACAUCUCGGGCUCGCCGCGGCUGGGGGAGCUCAGCGGGGAGAUCGCCACCACCACCUUCUACCACCAGAACCGCUAUGUGGACUGCAGGGGCGGCCACGUGCAGCUGGUGGAUGGCUCGGACCUGAGCUACGUGGAGGACGGGACGCCCUGCGGGCCCGGAAUGCUCUGUCUCGACCGCAAAUGCCUUCCAGCCACCGCCUUUAACUUCAGCUCCUGCCCCGGCAGCUGGGACGGGAAGAUCUGCUUCGACCACGGGGUUUGCAGCAACGAGGGGAAGUGCAUCUGCCGGGCGGAGUGGACGGGGAAGGACUGCAGCGUUUACGACCCCAUCCCGGAGCCGAAGCCGACGGGGGAGACGGAGCGAUACAAGGGUCCCAGUGGCACCAAUAUCAUUAUCGGCUCCAUCGCGGGGGCCGUGCUGGUGGCUGCCAUCGUCCUAGGGGGGACAGGCUGGGGAUUUAAGAACAUCCGCCGAGGAAGGUACGACCCGGCGCAGCAGGGAGUGUAACCGUGUCCCCCCCAUCGUCUCGUCACCGUCCCUGUCACCGUCACCGUCCGGCAGCCUGACGGCGUGGGAGCCCCCGGGCCCGUCUGUCCGUGUGCUGUGUGUCCGGCCGUGCUGUCUCCAUCUCUGUGCCCCCAGGGCUGAAGGGCAGCAGCGGCUGGGGGGGCCUGGCAGCAGCCCCUCCCCCGGUGCUGGCUCAUUUCAGCUCAGUGUCCCCCCAUGUGUCACCCCCCUGUCACAGCCCCCCACUAAACGC